AUGAACAACACCACACACCACAAAAAGCCCUCCUCCGGGGACUCCUUCUCCUUCCCUAGCACCCCAACCCCGGACUCGGCCGACUUCGAGUUCGGCUCCCUCACGCCGGACUCGUCCUCGACCGAGCCCUUCGCAGGCUCUCCGGCCGACCACCUCUUCUUCAACGGCCGCCUCCAGCCCCACUACUUCCCCAUUACCAGCCGCACCAGCAGCACCAGGGACUCGCUUUUCUCGUCAAGAAGCAACAGCACCAACAGCAGCUGCAGCAGCGCCAGGACAAGCUCCAGUGACAGCUCCGAGCGAAAAGCCUUCCACAACAAGCACAAGGGUGAUGGUGGUGGCUCACUUAGGGCAAAGACUCAGUCUCAUAAUCAAGCAUAUUGUUCCCAGAGGUGGCAGUAUAUAACGCCGGUGCCCACCGCGUUGAGCCGCGACGGCUCCGUAAGAAAAAGGAGGGAUACAAACCAAGGGAAGAAGAAGAAGAAGAAGGACAAAGGAGAAUGCCAUGCCAUGGAACCUUCAUCCAAGGGUCGUAAUAAAGAGAUUGUGAUUUGA